AUGAAUUUUGAAGAUCUUAAGCAUUUGGACGAACUGAGAAAGGCGCUACAUAUCAACAAUUGCUUGGAUCAACAAGAAGCAAAAAAAGCACUCGAAAAGAAACAGGAGAAAUGGCAGAACACAAUAGAUUGUCCAAUUUGUGGUGAACCUUUGGGCCCUGGUCCAUUCCGUGCAACACAUGCGAAACGUUGCGGCCAGAAGCAUAGUGUUAAUGCCAGCAGUCUUCUGCAGCUAAUGGAUACGCAAACAAAAGUUGCUGAAGUGAAAAAAAGGAAUGGCACCGCACACACAAAAUUAAUGGAGCCAAAAUUGGAAACGAAAAAACGUCCCGGUCGAAUAAGAGAAGAGCCGCGAACAUUGUUUGAUGAGCAGAUAAAUUUAGCGAAAGCACUCUCAGAAAGCAUGAACUCCCAAGAGAGCGAAAUAUACAUUGAAACGCAAAAACCGCCGAAAUUUCGCCCGCAGAAGCAACGCCAUCGGUCGUUCUCAUUUAUCGAACUUGAACCACGUUCAUGUAGAUGUGCUGUAAUUGAAAGAGUUCAGGUUGGAAAAUUCUUAUAUUAA